UCAUUGCCUCUGUAUGCCCCAUUGGGACUCGGGUUGUAGUGGGAAAUCUGCAUUGCCUCUGUAUGGGAGAUCCUCAGCGCCUGUAAGGUGAUGGCUGUCAGAAUUCUCCUCUCGCAAAACAGGAGCCUAUAUCGUCUCCUCUUUCAACCUCUUCAUUCCCAAAUCACCCAGAGCCAUAGAAUUGGUCUGUGUAUGAUCUCAGCUUGUACUUCAGAUUUGUCAGUCCCUGCAUUUGGUUUUAGAUUAUCCCUAUUUCAGAGACUUUCUUCUCAAACAAUUGGAUUGGAUCCAAACAUAUCAUCAGCAGAGGACGUGAAUGAGAUUUGCAGAGUGCUGAGUGAUUUCCGUAGCCUACAUCAUGACAUAGAAUCUGCACUUGCUUGUUUCUCAGGAAAGAUUUCAAGUGAUUUGGUUGAGCAAGUAUUGAAAAGGUGUAAGAAUCUUAGUUUCUCUGCACACAGGUUCUUUCUGUGGGCUAAAAAAUUGCCGGGUUUCAUUCAUAGCACAGAGAGCUACCACAUUCUAGUUGAUAUUCUUGGCAGUAACAAACAAUUUGCUCUGAUUUGGGAUUUUCUUUCUGAGAUGAAAGAUGGAGGUCAUGAAAUCAAACCCAAAAUUUUCUGGAUUGUCUUUCGAGCUUAUUGCAGAGCUGAUUUACCAAUGGAUGCCAUCCGGGCUUACAAGAAAAUGCAAGAUUUUGGUCCUAAUCCGAGCAUUGAUGAUCUUGACAAGCUGCUCUUCAUGCUUUGUAAGCGGAAUCACGUGAAGCAUGCGCAAGAAUUCUUCGAUGAUGUUAAAUACAAAUCUGCACCAAGUGAGAAAACUUACAGCAUUCUGAUGAGGGGUUGGGGUGAAAUUGGUGACUCUAUGGAGGCUUGGAAACUGUUUGAUGAAAUGCUUGAGCGGAAAUGUCCUAUAGAUGUGACUGCCUACAACACUUUGUUGGAUUGCUUGUGCCGAGAUGGAAAGACAGAAGAGGCGUAUAAGCUCUUCAGGGAAAUGGGGUCUUAUGGCUUUCAGCCAGAUGCUUGUAGUUACUCUAUCUUCAUCCGUGCUUAUUGCGAAGCCAAUGAUACUCAUUCGGCUUUGCGUGUUCUCGAUAGGAUGAGAAGGUACAACUUGGCACCGAAUGUGUUUACUUAUAACUGUAUUAUCAAACUAUUUUGUAAGAACGAUCACGUGGAUGAUGCUUAUCUGUUGCUAGAUGAAAUGUUUGAGAACGAAGUGAAACCAGAUGCAUGGAGUUAUAAUGCAAUCCUUGCAUUCCAUUGUGAUUGUUAUGAAGUCAAUCAGGCUCUUAAGCUGAUUAAUAGAAUGGAUAUAGAUUCAUGCUUGCCAGAUUCCCAUACUUACAAUAUGGUGCUAAAAAUGCUGAUCAGGGUCGGAAGGGUUGAUCGGGUAACAGAAGUUUGGGAGAGUAUGGAGAGGAGGGGUUUCUACCCUUCAGUUUCUACAUAUGCUGUCAUGAUUCAUGGGUAUUGUAAGAAAAAGCAUGGACUUGAAGAUGCAUGUAGAUACUUUGAGAUGAUGAUUGACGAAGGGAUUCCCCCAUAUCUUAGUACAUGCGAUUUGUUGAGAGACCGUCUCUUACAUUUAGGAUUAUGGGAGAAGACACAGAUACUGGCCGAAAAAAUGCGGCAAAGCACAUCAUGUUCAAUUCAGGAGCUAUCAAGCUCAAUGGAAAGCAAUAAGGCUACUGCAAGAUUGAGAAAAUUUGAAAGAGAAAAUUAAUGUGUUUGACCUAUUGAGAUUGUGGAAAAGCUGGAUGUUUGCAUAACAAUCUCUUCAUGGAGUAGAUUUUUUACUCUAUAAUUGGAUCUGUCUCAAGAAGGCUCGUCAUAUGUUAUGUGUUAUGCCCUUCACCCAACAUCAGCUGCAUUGCUUUUGUUUUGGCCAAGCUCUUUCUGGCAUGGAUUUAGUACACGGUAUUGGCUCCUAUAUGCAUGGUUCAUCUAUAUGCCCCAUUCUUUUAUAUUUAAUAUUUGAUCUGGAUAUUUGGUCUAA